CUGUGUCCUACGACCCUCACUCCGUCUACUUCUGAAUUAGUCACUCGACUGUUUCAAGAUGUCUACCAUUGCUAUCGGUCUCGGUGUCGCUACUGCGGCCUUCUUGGGUCGCGCCGGUCUUCUUGCCUACCGUCGCUCCAAGGGAGGUGUGAAUGCCAUGGGCAAGGCCUUCUACAAGGGAGGUUUCGAGCCGCGCAUGAACCGCCGUGAAGCUGCCUUGAUUCUCGAGCUUCCGGAGCGUACCCUUAACAAGGACAAGGUCCGCAAGAAGCACCGCCAGCUCAUGCUUCUCAACCACCCCGAUCGUGGCGGCAGCCCCUACUUGGCGACCAAGAUCAACGAGGCCAAGGAGUUCCUCGACAAACACACUUAAGGCUCUUCCAACGCGGAUCCUCCAUUGACGACUGUUCGGGGCGUUGUUGGAUUGGGAGAGGAAAACACGAACAUGCUAGGGAUGCUUUAGGUAUCUUCCUAUUGUACAAGAGAGAUUCUUCUUAGGGUGAGCAUAGCGAGGCGUUGGUGGGAUUUCUUUUUUCGAAGACGAAAGAUAUGUCUUUGUGUGCUCCUUGCGUGGGGCUUUGUACUAUUGUCUACUAUAUCCUGAUGAGAUCGCCACUCCUGAAUAUAUAACUAUCUGUUU